AUGUUGUUCAUUCUUCUCGCGCUGCCCUUCUUCGUGGUUAAUGUUGUCUCUGGGCCACCUAGAUAUGAACAAUGCUUUGGUUCCAUUGAAGGAGAAACGAAGGAUAGAUUUACGAGAUUCUGGGAGGACCUUGGCAGUAAUCUGUCUCGCAUAUAUUUUGAUUUUAUUAUAUACUCCCUGCAAAAAAUGUUUGUUCAUGGUCAGUUCCCAGAACCAUACGAUGAGGAACAUGUGGCGAAAAAAGUGGAGGAAACAAUAAGCUUGCUCUCAGAACAUGCAGAUAAGGUCAAAGAGCUUCCUCCGAAUGCAAAGUAUGGAUGCUUCUGUGGCUACAGUAAAACAGAGAAAAUCAUGAAAAUCGUGUGCAUAUGGAAAUGA